AUGGCUCGCAGCCGCUGGCGGCCCCGGGGCGGGAGCGCGGCCCGGGGCCACGCCCCCGCCCCGGGACACCCCCACCCCACACACCCCCCCCGCUCCCGCCGCUCCGGGCCCCCGCCCCGGCUCCGGGACGAGCGGACGGACCCGUCGGGUCCCGAGCGCCCGCGCCCCGCACGGCCCCCGGACGCCCCCGGGCACCGACGUGCUCCGUACCCGUUCGCCCAGCCGGGGCCUCUGCCGGACUCCCCACCCUGUCCAGCGGAGCCGCUGUCGCCCCGGGCAGCAGCGCGGCGCCUUUUCCCGUCCCCGCUCCGCCCGCAGCCCCGUCGGCGCUUCCAGCCGCCCUUCCCGGGGCGCCCGAAGCGGCCCCUGCCCCAGCGCCGUUACCGCGGGGCGCACGGAGCGGCUCCGGAGGUGCGCAGGAUUCGCACCGAGCCCGGUUCCAUGCGGGAGGGAAUGGAUGUGGCGGCCCCGGAGCCGACGCGCCCGCUGCCGCACCGGGAGCGCGGCACGCCCCGGGGCACCGAGGGCACUGCACACCCAGGGGCAUCGCAGACACCGGGGGAGCACCGGGCGGUCCCAGGCUCGCCGCGUUGUGCGGUCCCUGCCGCCGCCGCUCUGCCGAGGUCGCGGAGACCGGGGCUGCACGGGAACACUCCUGUGCCACCCUCGGCCAUGCCGGCGUCCCACCGCGGCACCGGGAAGGACCGAGCUGCCCCUCUCCACACCAAGGGCACCGACUGA